AUGUUUCGCUCUCGUGAUGAUGUGACAGACAUGGACAGCGUCACAUCGAUCGUCACGGGACGCGAGCGCUUCCGCAAGAUGCUGGAUGGCGAAGGAUGUUCCUAUGUUGUCCUUGUCGGGAUCGUGCUGGGAACGGUCAUGACGAUCCUGGAGACCACUCCAGACUUCCGGGAUCACCCCAUGCUCUUUGAGUUCGUGGACUACACCUUGGCCUUUGCUUUCACCUGCGAGCUGGUACUGCGGAUGUAUGCCAGCAGCUCCUAUGCGGACUUCUUCGGAAACUGGUACAACAUCAUUGACGUCUUCGCUGUGGUGCCAGGUGUGACUCAGCUUUUGUUCCUGCUCUGGCAUGCGGAAGCGCACAAGAUGCAUCAGGCUGUAGAUUCUAUGCGCACCUUCCGCAUCAUUCGGCUACUCCGCAUCGCCAGAGUCUUCCGAGUGUUUCGUUUGCUGCACGAGUGGAACAUCGUUCCGCAGAUGGACCUGCUGCUGGCUGUGCUGAUGGAGUCAUCGAGCAAUGGCAUCAUCAUCGUCGCACUUCUGGGGUUGAUCUCCCUCUUCGCGGCGUGUGUCAUGUACCUCGUAGAUCUACCUGGCUGCCAAGGUGCGUCGGAAGCAACAUCCAGUUGGUAUUCCUCCUCGGCUCCAGCGCAGCCCUCUUGCUCGGACAAUGAGAUGCCUUUCGCUUCCAUCCCAGCUGCAUGGUGGUGGGCAAUCACGACUAUGACCACCGUGGGCUAUGGAGAUGUGAUUCCUACCACCUUGCUGGGAAAGCUCGUCGCCGGCCUCGCUUGUGUCUUGGGCGUGAUGAUCAUUGCGCACGGCUCUGCUCAGUUCUCCGCUGAAUUCCGACAGCGAUGGCUGCGGAUCCAGGCGACCCACCGCAUGAAGCAACUGGAUGCCGUCGACAGGAAUGAGGAGAUGGAGUUGGAGAUUCUCGAUCACCGACUCAUGGCCUUCGAGCUCAGCCUCUCCAGCCUGCUCGACCAGGUCGCGCUUUCGUCCAAAAGUGCCGAGCGGAGCGGUCUUCCACACGAGGACAUCGCGCCACUGGUCCAGGUGCUGGAGGCCCACGGCCAGUCUCUGAGCUCGGGCAUCUGCAGCUACUUGCACGAGGCGCUUGGCGCAACCCUUCAGGUGGAGAUGCCGACGGAGGGCGACGGCAUCGAGAUUCCCACGAAAGCCUAUGAGGAGCUUUCUGCCAGCCCCUCUGCCAAAGACGCAGAGGCCAGUCCGGCAGAAGCUGCUGAGGUUGAUAGCCCAGAUGAGGAAGCUGAGGAAGUUGCAGAGGUGGCCUCCGGAAGUGUGGUCCGCAACGCGUACGCCGUGAGCUACGGCUACGCAUCCACCGUGCACCAAGUGCAGGGCCAAAGCGCCCCGGAGCUCUGCAUUUGCUUCGAUGAAGCCUUUGCACCUCCCGGUUGGGCUUACACUGCCGUUACUCGCGCCGUGACUUUAAACGAUCUGCGAGCUCUCGGCCGGCCGUCAGCGCAGCUCUUUCGGCCGCGAACGUAA